UUCUAUAAAUAAUCCAUGAUAAUAGGGUAAGCUUUCCAAUUCCCAGACAAAUCUGCCUUUGAAAACCCCAAAAUACAAAUCCCUAACUUAUUACUUCCCUUAGUUUGUUGUUGCCAGAGAGUCUACGUGCCAUCGGCCAUUGAUUGUCAAAACUUUUUCACUUUGUUGUUUCACUUUCUUCCUUGGAAUCGGCCAGUGUGUUCAUCGUCAAAUCGAAGAUUUAGAGCGUUCACUGUUGAUUUUUUGAAUGCUAGAAGCUCUCCAUUGUCGGAAGCCAAGAACCAAAUUUCACAGAAGCCAAAACAGAAGCUCAAUCUGUCGUCUGCUGGUUCAAAGUUACAGCUGGUAUUGCUAAUAUAUUCCUCUGGUCCUUUUUCCAUUAUCAAACCCUGUUUUCCUCAAGAGGAACAUCAUAAUAUUCUUCCUGAAUUUGAAGAAUAUAGUUCUUUGUACAAUGUCCAUUGUACCAAAUCUGAAGAAUCAUUUUCGUUCGGUAAACCAUAAGGAGUAAUCUUGUGAUUCUGGCAAUUUAAAUUUUUUAUUCUGUUUCUCCAUGAAGUUUACAUGCUUGAGCAAAGGAAAUGGUUUCCAUUUUCCCCCAUGUUAUGUUCUCCAUGUGAAUGGGUAUAGGGUAUUGCUUGAUUGCCCACUGGACCUUUCAGCUCUCACAAUUUUUUCUCCUGUUCCUGCUGAUUUUUGUCCCUUGGUGCUUGAUGAAUCUUCCAAUUGUUCGGUCCAUGAAUCCUUGGAUAUGGGAUCAGAGAGUGCAAAGAGGCAUAAAAUUGAAAAGCCCCUUGAUGCAAAAGAUUUAAUAUAUGCAGAGCCAUGGUACAAAACUUUAAAGAACUUGCACAUUUGGGAUCCUUCUUUUUUUGAUAUAGUAUUGAUUUCAAGUACAAUGGGCAUGCUUGGUUUACCAUUUCUCACUCGAAGUAAAGGUUUUUCUGCAAAGAUAUACGCAACUGAAGCAACUGCAAGGCUUGGGCAGCUUAUGUUGGAGGAUCUUGUUUCAAUGCAGAUGGAACUCCGUCAUUUCUAUGGUUCUGAGGAGUCUGAUUCUCCUCAAUGGAUGAAGUGGGAAGAGCUUGAAUUACUUCCAUCUCCUCUUAGGGAAGUUGCUGUAGGUCAAGAUGGAUCAGAGCUGGGUGGAUGGAUGCCACUGUACAGUUCUGUGGAUGUAAAGGAUUGUCUGCAAAAGAUUCAAAAGCUGAAGUAUGCUGAAGCAACCUGCCAUAAUGGGGCAUUGGUGUUAAAGGCAUUUAGUUCAGGCUUAGAAAUAGGCUCUUGUAAUUGGACUGUUGAAAGCCCAGAAGGAAGUAUUUCAUGUUUAUCAAGCUCUAUAUUUGUGUCUGCUCAUGCGAUGGAUUUUGACUAUCAUGCUUUGCAAGGGACUGAUAUGAUCUUGUAUUCAGACUUCACAUCUGAGGAUGUGAUAGAAGAUGUUGAACAUCAUGAUAACUAUUCUGCUUCAGCUACUAACAGUCUGUCAACUCUCAGUGAUGAACAUGGUUGGAGAGAAUUGAAUGAAUGCUUAUCGAGUAAUGAUGAGAGCAUAGAGGAAAGUAAGAAACUAGCUUUUAUAUGCUCAUGUGUUGUGGAUUCUGUUAAGGCUGGUGGUUCUGUCCUCAUUCCCUUGAAUCAACUUGGGAUUGUUCUGCAGUUGCUGGAGCAGAUACCGAAUUUCCUUGAAUCUUCAGCUGUAAAGGUUCCAAUGUAUGUUAUCUCUUCUGUAGCGGCAGAGCUACUGGCAUUCACUAAUCGCAUACCAGAAUGGCUGUCCAAGCUCCGGCAAGAGAAACUGUUUUCUGGUGAGCCAUUGUUUUCGCACAUCGAGCUCAUUAAAGGAAAGAAGCUUCAUGUGUUUCCUGCUAUUCAUUCGCCCAACCUAAUAGCCAAUUGGCAGGAGCCAUGCAUUAUAUUUGCUCCUCACUGGACUCUGCGGCUGGGUCCUAUUGUUCAUUUACUUCGACGUUGGUGUGGAGAUCAAAACUCUUUACUUGUUUUACAGGAUGGAUUGGAUGUUGAUAUGGCUCUCUUGCCUUUCAAGCCAAUAGCAAUGAAGGUUUUACAUUGUUCAUUCCUUUCUGGUAUGCGGAUGAGGAAAGCUCAGCUGUUACUGAAGAUGUUGCAGCCAAAAAUAGUUGUGUUUCCAGAGGUUUUGAAGCAGCAGAUCAAUGUUUCAAAGUCGAGUUCACAUUCAUUUUCAAUCUUGUACUACAAAGAAAACGAAACAAUAGAUAUACGAAGCUUGAAAGACAAUUCGGUUCUAGAGAUUGCAACAGGGUUGGCUACUCGAUUCCGCUGGAGAAAGCUGGUACAGAAUAAUAUGGAUGUGACGAGACUGGAAGGACAGCUAUUAAUAGACGAGAGCAAAUAUUGGUUGGUAUCUGGGAACAAGGUAUCAGACACCUCACAGAAUAGACCACUACUGUAUUGUGGUUUACUUGAUAUGGGGAAGCUCCUCACGAUAUUGUCAAAGAUGGGAAUUAAUGGAUCUAUAGAACAAGGCAUGAAUGCUGCUGAAUCAGAAAGUGUUGGGAUCAUAAAAAUUCAUGAUCCAAACAAAGCCAUGAUAGAAGUUAAAGCAACAAGUACUGUUAUCAGCGCUUCUGAUGAGAACUUAGCUGCGCGCAUUUUUGAAGCUAUUACUAGUCUUUUGGAUGGCAUUUAGAAAGUCAUUACACAUGCUGAAGUAGCUGUAGGUUGGAUUGCGUAUCGUCCACAAUUUUGUACCAAUCGUAGAUGAAUUCUAAUUUCUAAGCCAAUGAAACAGUUCUUGUUUACCAACUAAA